AAUUAAGCUUGUUGAAACUAUCUCCUUAGUUGCAAACAAUUUCAUCCCUGGAGGCCAGUUGAUAUUCGCCAACGGGAAAAUGAUCAAAUCGCUAGUCAAGAAACUUGAAGUGGAUCUUUAUGCUAAAUGAACAUCAUUUUCAGAAAUAUUAUCGUUUCCUUUUCUAGGAAAAUGUGGUUGCAGUAAAUAUAAUUUUAAAUUUCUUGCAAUGGAAGAAAAGAUGAUUGCUUUAAUAAAAAAGACGAUAAGUAAUCUAUAACAAUAUAAAAGAUAGAAACUACUACUUUACAUCAGAUGAAAUGGCAAGAUUACUUCGCAUUAUUGCAUCAAUCUUACUUUCUCUCACCUUUCAAACGAGCAGUGGACAGGUAGUCCAAACCAUCAAUUUGAUGUUUGUAAAUGAGGCUUCAGCAAAUGUGGUUGCUGAAAAAGCUGUAGAAGUUGCUUUGAACUAUUUCCGAAGAAAUCCAAAACUCGGAAUCCAUGUGAAUAACUUGAUCAAAGUAAAUAUUGUGGAUAGAGAUGCUCACAACAUUCUGGAACAUUUAUGCUCAAAAUACAACAACACAGUUAUAAGCAACAAUCCUCCAGAUCUUGUGCUCGAUACAACAUUAAGUGGCAUUCAGUCGGAAACUGUGAAGACAUUCACGGCGGCUCUUGCCCUACCAACUGUGUCUGCAUCCUACGGACAAGAAGGAGAUAUCAGACAAUGGCGAAAUCUUGACGGUGAACAACAAAAAUUCCUCAUUCAAAUCAGCCCUCCAGGAGAUAUCCUCAGCGAAAUAAUCAGGAGUAUUGUUCUGUUACAGAACUGUUCAAAUGCAGGGAUAUUGUUCGAUAGCUCUUUUGUGAUGAAUCACAAAUACAAAUCAUUGUUGCAAAACGUUCCAACGAGACAUAUUAUCUCGGAAGUUGAGGAUGCAAACAGCAUAAAACGUCAACUGACCAGAUUCCGGGAUCUAGAUAUUGUCAACUAUUUCGUUCUGGGUCGUCUCUCCACCAUAAAAGUUGUUCUAGAUAAUGCAAAUGUGAACAAGUUUUUCGGGAAAAAAUACGCUUGGCAUGUGAUUACACAGGAUAAAGGUCUACUGAAAUGCAGCUGUUCAAAUGCCAGCAUACUUUUUGUGAUGCCCGAGCCAGAGCCGACCAAUAGGGAGCGAUUGUCGAAUUUGCGGACAACUUACAGUCUCACCGUUGAACCUGAAAUUGCUGCCGCCUUCUAUUUCGACCUCACUGUUCGCUCACUGCUAGCUGUCAAGUGAGUGAGUGAAUCAGUGUCGUACGCGCCAUUUGUGAUUGAGAACAACGGCCACAGUUUCAUGGAGUUCAACACGAGAGUGGAAAAAGUGACGAUAGUUAACUCGCAGUCUGUGAGUGCUGAGACGAUUGGGUCUUGGAAGGCCAGCCUUAAUGGAGGUCUCACCAUCAAGGAUUCAAACAGCAUGGCCAACUUUUCAGCAAUAACUAUCUACAGGAUAGUGACUGUGCUUCUUUUUAUCGAUUAUUGUCGUAUUAAUUGCAGCAACAUCCAUUUCAUGAUUAGAACCGAAGAUAAUGGGAUUAUCAGCUACAAAGGCUACUGUAUCGACUUGAUUGAGGAGAUUCGGAAAUUGGUUGGAUUCGAGUAUGAGAUAUACGUUGCUCCAGACAACAGCUUUGGUGAAAUGGAUGAGAAUGGCCAAUGGAAUGGAAUGAUUAAAGAGUUAGUUGAAAAGAGAGCAGACAUAGCCCUGGGUUCUCUAUCAGUGAUGGCCGAGCGUGAGAAUGUGGUUGACUUCACAGUUCCUUACUAUGAUCUGGUAGGAAUUACAAUACUCAUGAAAAAACCGCAGACUCCAACAUCUUUAUUUAAAUUUCUCACAGUCCUCGAAGAAGAUGUCUGGCUUUGCAUACUAGCUGCAUAUUUCUUCACCAGUUUUCUUAUGUGGAUUUUUGAUCGGUGGAGUCCUUACAGUUACCAAAAUAAUAGAGAAAAAUACAAAGAUGACGAGGAAAAACGGGAAUUCAAUUUGAAAGAAUGCUUGUGGUUCUGUAUGACAUCUUUAACACCACAAGGCGGCGGAGAAGCGCCGAAGAACCUGUCAGGGCGACUGGUGGCGGCCACUUGGUGGCUGUUUGGCUUCAUCAUAAUCGCCUCCUACACGGCCAACCUGGCCGCCUUCCUCACAGUGUCUCGCCUCGACACUCCGGUCGAGAGCCUCGACGACCUCUCCAAGCAGUACAAGAUCCAGUACGCGCCGCUCAAUGGAUCUUCGGCCAUGACUUACUUCCAGCGCAUGGCUGAUAUCGAGGCUAAGUUCUAUGAGAUUUGGAAAGACAUGAGCCUGAACGACAGCCUGAGCGAGGUAGAGCGAGCCAAGCUUGCCGUGUGGGAUUACCCGGUGAGUGACAAGUACACGAAAAUGUGGCAGGCGAUGCGGGAGGCAGGUCUGCCGCAGACUCUGGACGAGGCCAUUGACAGAGUGCGAGCUUCCAAAUCAUCCAGCGAGGGAUUCGCCUAUCUUGUAUUGAAUUGUGAUGUGUGUAGGAUUUGGAAAGACAUGAGCCUGAACGACAGCCUGAGCGAGGUAGAGCGAGCCAAGCUUGCCGUGUGGGAUUACCCGGUGAGUGACAAGUACACGAAAAUGUGGCAGGCGAUGCGGGAGGCAGGUCUGCCGCAGACUCUGGACGAGGCCAUUGACAGAGUGCGAGCUUCCAAAUCAUCCAGCGAGGGAUUCGCCUAUCUUGGUGAUGCAACGGAUAUAAGAUAUCAAGUAUUGACCAACUGUGAUCUCCAAGUUGUUGGUGACGAAUUCUCGCGAAAGCCUUACGCUAUAGCUGUCCAGCAAGGCUCUCAUCUCAAGGACCAGUUCAAUAAUGCGAUACUCCAAUUAUUGAAUAAAAGGAGAUUGGAAAAGCUGAAAGAAAAUUGGUGGAAUCAGAAUCCAGAGAGGAAAGUUUGCGAAAAACAAGAUGAUCAGUCAGAUGGAAUCAGCAUACACAAUAUUGGAGGGGUAUUCAUAGUGAUAUUCGUUGGAAUUGGAUUGGCGUGUGUGACGUUGAUCUUCGAGUACUGGUGGUACAAGUACCGCAAGCCUCAACAAGUGACCGAGGCCAAGGGCAAGGUCGAGCACACUCGGCGAGACUUCCUCGACAAAUUGGCAACCAGCAAGACUGAGUUCCCGGCAUUCAGAGCGCGACAUGUCUAUCACGGACAAACCCUAAAAAGAAAUCAAGGAAUCCCACCUGUAGCCGUUCCUGGUAGAUGGUGACCGUGAAGCUAAGAGAAUAUGCUCAAUGGCUGAGGAUGUGACCAAUUUUGCAUUUUUACAAGACGGACAUUAUUAUCUAAAUAUGAAUAUUGUACUAGAAAGAUUGAAAUUUUCGUACAACACUGUAGCCUAGUUUUAUAAAUGUUACUAUAAAGUAUCUCCUAUUCAAUUUUAUAUACUUUAGGAAAUAGAUUAAUAAAAACAAUAUAACAACUAGUAGUACCCUUCAUUAGAAACUUUAAAAUAUUUUAACGGCUAAUUUCGACCAUAGGUCAUUUUCAAGGUAAAAACCAACUUUAAAAUGAAAAAUGUUAGCUUUAAUUCAAAUUUUUUCAAUUUGAAAAUGACCUAUAUGGUU